GUUUGCUCUUUGGUAUAUUGUUUGUAACCUUUUCUCGAAAAACCUUCAACUUUUAAAUUCAUGUAACGAAUUUUCUGUCAUUAGUUAUUAUUUUUCUACAGUUUUUGUACCUUAAAAUGUUUCCUAAAAGCUCGCAGAGAAGAAAUUGGAUGUUCAAGGAUGAAGCAGAACUGCAAAGUUUACGUGUCGCAGCUAAUAAAAAAUUCGUUGAUGAAUUUAAAAGUCGUUUGGAUCCUAAUGCCCAACAAGCAAUGUUAAGUGCAGAAGAAGAGAAAACUCUACUUAGAUUCUAUGAAUUUCAAAUGAGGGAUCUUUGUAAGAGAUUUGUCCCGCCCAUGCCAAAAGCAGUCAUUGGCUGUGCAUUUAACUAUUUUAAAAGGUUCUACUUGAACAAUUCAGUCAUGAAUUAUCAUCCCAAAGAAAUUUUAGUUACCUGUGUUUAUCUUGCUUGCAAAGUGGAAGAAUUUAAUGUUUCAAUAGGUCAGUUUGUUGCUAACAUUAAGGGAGAUCGAGAAAAGGCAGCAGACAUUAUUAUAAACAACGAACUGCAAUUAAUGCAACAAUUGAAUUAUCAUUUGACUAUUCAUAAUCCUUUUCGACCUGUGGAAGGAUUUUUAAUUGAUAUUAAGGUCAGAAGCAACUUAAAAAAUCCUGAAAAACUUAGAGCUGGAAUAGAUGAGCUACUCGACAAGCUUUAUUUAACUGAUGCCUGCCUACUAUAUUCUCCAUCACAGAUUGCUCUUGCAUCAAUAUUGCACUCUGCUUCUAAAAAUCAAGAGAACUUGGAUUUAUAUGUUACACAAACACUGCUUGGUGGUGAUCCUAGCCGCCUCACAGAUCUAAUUGAAGCUGUCCGAAAGAUAAGAUCAUCCUGCAAAAUAAAUGAACCUCCUUCAAGGGAAGUAAUAAAAAACCUGGAAAAGCGCUUAGAAGUUUGUAGAAAUGAAGAAAACAAUCCUGAUAGUCAAGUAUACAAGGAGAGAAUGGCUGAACUUGUAGAGGAUGAUGAAGAAAGAGCAGCCAGGCGUUAUGCAAAAGUUUCUAGAAAGCAAGCUCAAACAGAAGCUCAACUUCUUGGAGUAGCUCCUCUUGAUACAUAAUGUUUUAACUGCUUGUUUACCUUAUGUUUCUUGUGAAUAUGGUGUAUUAUAUGUAUUUAUAUCAACAUUAUUAAACUUAUUAUUUUAAGAAAUGUCAUUUAAUAAUUCUGGUUAAGUUUUAUAGUCCUUGUUAAGUUGCUCCUCUGCAACCGUAAAUAUACCUGCAUUUGUAUGUUUUAUAUAAAUUAGUAAUUAAAUCAUUUGAUAAUAAUACCAUGAAUGUAUUAAUAACUGUAAAAUAAUAAAGAUUAUGUAUAUGUA